AUGCUUUCUAAAAUUCCUAAACUAUCUCACCAGGAGCUCAUAAAGCUAGCAAAAGACAAUUGCGUUCCUAAGUUAUCCAAUUCUUUGCACAAAGGUCAAUACGGUAGAUUAUGUGUUGUCGGCGGCUGCCAAGAAUACACCGGCGCACCUUACUUUGCUGCGAAUGCUGCAGCUUUAACAGGCAUUGACAUGGUACAUAUUAUAUGCGAAUGGCGUGCUGCUACUGCAAUUAAGUCUUAUUCACCUAACAUUAUGGUACAUCCUUACUUACGGGAUUCGUACACUCUUUCACAUAAUAACAGUGUUCCAACUGAAUCGAUUCGUUCCCUAAUCGAUCGAAUUGAUGUGCUCGUCAUGGGCCCUGGUAUGGGGAGGGAUACAAAUAUGCUUUCUACUGCGCUUGAUGUGCUGCGUUAUAUUGUGGAGCGCCAUGAUGGAAACAAACCCGUUAUACUCGACGCAGACGCCCUAUUUCUCUUCAGUCAUCCGGACUACAGCCGCACUAUGACGGAACUAAUUACUCAAUUUAAACCAGGAAGAGUCGUACUAACACCGAAUUUGGUGGAAAUGCGCCGUACCAAUCAGGCUCUGCAAGUUCGAAAUGCUAGCGAGCUUGCAGCCAAACUCCACUGUACUAUCCUGGAAAAGGGACCUAGUGAUACCGUUUAUGGAGCUGUAGGCGGCAUUUACGUUAAAAAUGACACACCUGGAUCCCCCCGGCGCCCAGGCGGACAAGGUGACACCUUGUCCGGUUGCGUGGGUGCUCUCUUGGCUUCAAGCUGCCAUAUCCAUGAUCUCAAUGACGCUAAGGAAAACGUUCGCCACGAUGAAGAGGAUAGUUCCCUUGCAUGGCCUGAAGUUGCUGUACUCAGCUGCUAUGCUGGCAGCACUGUAACGCGCACCGCAGCAGCACGUGCUUUCCGUACGAUUGGACGUAGCAUGCAAGCUACCGACGUGAAUAGUAGUGUUGCACCCGUUAUUAGUGAUCUAUUUGACCACCCUACAGCCAACUAA